GCAUUGUGUUGUCGGUGGAUGUGAGGUGCUUCGAUGCGCUUGCUGCCAGUGAAACAGAAUGAAACAGACUCAGACCUACCACAAUGACAAGGCCAAUCUUCAGUGAAGGAUGUAAAGGAGAUCCCGAUGUUCUUCCUCCUUGUUUCCGUGCAUGAAUAAGAAGCUAUGUACAACUAGGAUCAACUGGGUAUUCCAGCAGAACAUUAGCAUGUCGAUGCACGUGGCAUGUCGUUAUAGUAACUUACAGUAUAUGUCAAACCUUUCGCGCACCGUUGGCACUAUGUAAGUUCUGCAUUUGUUUGAGCCAUUUUUCAUGCCUGGAAGAUCUUCGUCUGAGCCUCAAAGACUGGCGGCCCAAGCAUCUCUGGGGUUUUAGCCCCGCACUGCCAUGGAAGGCUCGAAGGUGCAUUUGUUCCCGCUGGCAAGGUACCACGGUGUGGACAGCAAUGACAUCCUGAAUGCACUUCACGAGAGCCAACACCGGCAUCAGAUCCAGCAGCUUUGGGAGCCUUCCUCACGGCUCACCAAGUUGGUAGACUAUCUCUGCUGGGUUUGUCGCGAUCAUCGCGCUUAUAUCCGACAGGAGGCAGUGCUGCUGUUGAAACGCUAUUGGAAGGCACAGGGCGGCCACUCGGAGGCCCAUUGGCAGGUGGUGGCUUUGACGUGUGGUAACCUGGCAGCAAAAUUCUGGCAGCGUCAUGGCAUCUCGGAGUCCCGCAUGCACUGGCUGAGCUGCAAUGCCUUCACACAUCAAGACUUCGUGAACGCAGAGGUGGAGGUUUUAACGGCCUUGGAGUGCAACGUGCACCUUGAGGGGGUGCUGCUGAUCGAGUGGGUCUCCUUGCUCCUCUUCCUGUGCCAAGAGCUUUUGGCUGAUCCAGAAGACAUGCACAGCUUGAUGGAGGUCGCAGCGAAGCUAAUGGAUGCUUUGGCGUUCCAAGAUGAGCUCAUGGCCCAUUAUUGGCCAUCCCAGUUGGCCGCAGCCGUUCUCCAUGCGACGGUUCUCUUGUGCACCAAGUCCUUUCAGGAGUACAAGUUUUGCCAGCGGGUGAACCACCUGUGCCGUGUGGAAGAUGGGGAUGUGAGCAGUCUGUCCGAGCGGAUCCUCCAAGCAACAGUGGGGGCUCAAUGUGCUGAGCUGGUGUGUGAAGGUGGCAUCUCAGAUGAUGAUGAGGAGGACUCCGAAAUGCUUCCACUCGCCUUGCGUGCUCAUGGGGAGGAUGGGCUCUAAGUGGAGUGGCACUGCGGUAUCAUCAUGCAAUUCAUUGUGGGGGAUCAACCUUUAUGAUCCAGGACACUGCAUGCUCAGUUGUGCUGCCCUGGUCAUUGCAUCAGAUGGCAUAGCAGAUCCAUACAACAUAACUCCAACCAAGGCAUUCAUGAGGACCAGAGUGCCACGCCGAAAAGAAGCUCUGCCAGUAGCCGGGUGGGAAAAGGACAGCCAAGUGCCACGUGUUGCUUCUCAUUGCUUCUCCACCAACACCAGCUGGCCCAAGCAGGUUGAAGACGAGUUGAGAUCCCAUGUCACGGUUGUCCUUAAGGCUAGAAGGAGGUGCUUGGGAAGAUGCCCCAUCAUCCUUGAUGUCGGGAACAAUGCGAAACUGCGUCGACACAAGAGGCUGAGGUGGUGAAGGUGAGCAGUUUGGAGGUCGGAGACUGAAGAAAUCAGGACCGAUGGUCAG